CAUAACCCUGUUUAAUUAUUUUAUCACUUUAAUUUAAUUUUUUAAUUCUUACGCAAACAAAAUCUAUACACCAAUUCGAACUACUAUUUUAUGACUUACUUAACUUUUCGUCAAAAUGUCAUCCGACACUGAAAGAUAUAUUUUUGAAGCCGAGUGGUAUGACAAAGUUGCUUGUAUGCUCAAAAAGUUUUAUUUAUAUUAUUUUCCAUCAGAUAACAGCGUUGAACUUUUUGAUUUAAAGACAAAGAAAACAUUUUUAAGAAGAUCAAAAUGUGAAGGAGUAGAGGCUAAAGACUUUUAUGUUGGUGCCAUUGUAACUAUAUUUUCUCGUAGUAUGAAAAUUACAAAUUUUGCUGAUCAAACUACCAAGGAAAAGUUAUCUUCAAAAAUAUCUAAAACUUUUAUGAUAAUCAAAUCUGAAGUAAUUGACAGGAUGGGUGAAAUUUUAAAACAAGUAACUGAUCAUGACUUUCACAUAUCUAACAUUAAAAUGACUACAAUCAACAGAGAAGAAGCUUUAGAAAUUUUCAAACCAGUAGACAAUGAAAUACAGAAUGUUAUUGAUACUAUAACAUCUGGUACAAUUGUUGCAUUAGAAAUACUAAGUCAAGAUUGCAAUGCCAGAUGGUUAGAACUCACUGCUGCUUUUGAAAAAGAUGCAGUAUUGAAUAAUAUUUAUGUACCAGAUAACAAGGAUAUAGGGCACUAUUUCUUUUCUUCAGAAAAAAAGAAAAAGUGUAGAAUGAAAAAUUCUGCAAAGCUGCAAAACUGCACUUGCUGUAUUAUAAAACCACAUGCUGUACAAGCAAGAUUAACAGCACAAAUUAUUGAUGAUAUACAGAAAGCAAAUUUUACAAUAACAGCUGCUCAGCAAUUUUUUAUUGAUCCUGUUAAUGCAGAAGAAUUUCUAGAAGUUUACAAAGGCGUUCUUCCUGAUUAUGCAGCAAUGGUCAAUGAAUUACAAUCAGGCCCAUGUAUAGCAAUGGAAAUUACACAUUCCAAUGCAAAUAUUGAUAUUGUUGCUGAGUUUAGAAAACUCUGUGGACCAAUGGAUCCUGAAAUGGCUGUACAAUUACGACCUACUAGUUUAAGAGCAAAAUAUGGGAAGUCUAAAGUUCAAAAUGCUGUUCAUUGUUCUGAUCUUUCUGAAGAUGGAGUAUUGGAGAAUGCAUCAAAAGUUAGUCGAUCUGCAGCUAGACAUAUACGAAGGAAAAGAUUAAUUGCUGCUCGCAAAGAAACUGAAAAACUUGAGCUGUCUUUGUGUAAUAGUAUCAGUAAUCAACAAAUUAUUUCUGUUGAAAAGGAAAUUCCAACAAAUGUGUGUAGUUUGAAUGAGAAGAGUAUAAAUAUCCACCCAUUGAAAAUUACUUUUGACAAUGAUGAAACCACCAGUAUUAGCACCAAUGUGAACAUUUUAAAAUAUUCUAAAAAUAUUAUUGCAAAUGAAGUUGUUGAAAAACAUGGUUCUUUAACAAAUCAAAGAAAGCAAGAUAAGAGUAUACAUACAACUCACGAACAGAAAAAUAUAGCAUCAACUGUGGCAAAUACUUCCACGUAUUGUGAGAACUUCAUUAUCGAUUGUAAUUAUCAAAAUAAAAUGAACAAUCAAGAAAAACCGAGAGACAAUGUUGAAUCUGCGAGAAAAGCCAGGAAAGCAGCAAAAGCUGCAACAAAAACAAAAGCCAAAGAGAAACCAAAAACAGAAAUUGAGUCAUUGGACCAAGUAGAUGAUGCUCAAUUGUUCAAUGUGAAAGAAAAAAUAAAUCAUAAUUUACAAAAUGAAAGCUUACUUGAAAAUUUGGCAGUGAUUAAAGAAGCUCAAACAGAAGUAAAAAGUAAAACUUUUAAUAAAAAAUCUGAGGACAAUGCUAAGCCUUCAGAAGAAAUUAAAAUAGAUGCAAACACAUCAAAAAUCGAAGAAAAAAGUAAAUCUGAAUUACGAGCAGAGAGGAGAGCCAAACAAGAAGCUCAAAGAGCAGCCAAACAAGAAGCUCAAAGAGCAACCAAACAAGCAGCAGAUAAUAGGGCUGUUAAAAAAAUAUCUGAAAAAAUAUCUGAUAUAAAAUUAGCGAAAUCUAUAGAGCCUAAGGAACCAGAAAAACAAAUUAUUACAAAACCACAAGCAAAAAGUAAUCCACAUGAAGUGAAGUUGUUCAAACAUUUGUACAUAAAUAGAAAAAAUAUUUCUGAAAUAGUUAGUGGUACUAUGAAACUUCAUCCAGUAAUACUGAGAUUAGGUGUCCAGUAUGCAGAAAAAAUAAUUGUUGGUAGUAAUGCAAGAUGUGUGGCUUUGCUUGCUGCUAUAAAGCAACUUAUUAAUGACUUUGAAAGACCAUCUCAAGCAGAUUUCACAAGAGGUUUAGAAACAAGCCUGCAAGAAUCUGUAAACUACCUCAAUUCUUUCAGACCAUCAGCUGUAUCAAUGCAAAAUGCAUUAAAACAUUUGAAAUGGCAAAUGUCUAUUUUAUCCACUACAAUAUCUGAUGAAGAGGCAAAGUCAAAAUUAGCUCAUGCAAUUGAUACAUACAUAAGAGAGCAAAUUUUACUGGCUGAUACAGCAAUAUCUGAUGCAAUACAAAAGAAAAUUUCAAGAGGAGAUGUUAUACUUACUUAUGGAUUCUCUUCAUUAAUGUACAAAAUACUAUGUGACGCUUUUAAAGCAAAAAAACAAUUUAGAGUAAUUAUUAUUGAUAGCAGACCAUGGUUAGAAGGAAAGGAACUUUUGAGACGGCUAGUUAAACACGGAAUAGAUUGUUCCUACAUGUUAAUUAAUGCUCUUAGUUAUGUGAUGCCUCAAGUUAACAAAGUUUUUCUAGGCGCUCACGCUAUAUUAGCUAAUGGAGCCGUUAUGUCGAGAAUUGGUACAGCACAAAUUGCAUUAAUGGCAAAGUCAUUCAAUGUUCCUGUACUUGUAGCCUGUGAAACUUAUAAAUCUUGCGAACGUGUACAAACGGAUUCCAUUGUAUAUAACGAAAUAGGAGACCCCGAUUUAUUGAUAAAAAACACUUUAAAAAAGUCGAGUUUAGCAAAUUGGAGAAGUAAAAAGACGCUAAAUUUGCUAAACAUCACUUACGACGUGACUCCCGCAGAUUUAGUUACUGCAGUCGUUACUGAAUUGGCUAUUUUACCUUGUACUAGUGUUCCGGUAAUACUACGAAUUAAACCAUCCGAAAUGUAAUUUGUAAGUCUGAAUUGUUGCGAGGGAUCGCUGGAUGACGCAUCAAUACCCACAUACAGUGAUUAUGAAUAGUUUUUUAGUUGAAUGUUUCUGACUUCGUUAACAUAUAUGUAAAAUAAUAUCGUUCAUAAACUUUUAAUACUUACACUCAAAUAAAGUAUUUAAUAGACUA